CCCCGCAGGAAGGAGGGGAAAGCGCGGCUGACCCUAGCGAGCGCGGGGCUGGGACGCCCGAGGCAGGAGGAACAGCGGAGGAGCCACCCGGAAAGGGGGAGUGGAGCCAUGAAACCGAGAACGAGACUGGAGAAGUAUCGAAGCGGCUCGUCCGGACGGAGGGAGAAAAAGGCAAGCGAGCGAGAGCCUUCCUCCUCAUGCUUCCCUGGCAGGGCCAUGAGGGAGAGUGUGGCAUCCAGCCAAAGUAGAGAGCAGCCCAGUACCCAGCCCUGUCAGAGCUCAGCAUGGCUCCAGUGAGCCCCAGUGUGAAUACUUGCCUCUUUGCUGCCUGCCUAUGCCUUUGGAGAGGGACCCUGGGCCAUGACUUCCUAGGGCCAAAGAUGCUGGCUGAACCUGUACUUUCUCCCAACACUGUGUGCAUGACCCUCCCCUGGCUGAGCCGGCGCCAACUCGGACUCUGCACACGCAGCCCAGAAGCAAUGGCUUCAGCUCUACAGGGAAUUCACCUUGCCAUCCAUGAAUGCCAGCAUCAGCUGCAAGAGAGGCGUUGGGAUUGCUCUGACUUGAGCAGCAGCAGUGGCACCAUGCUUCUCAACAGCGCUAUUCUGAAGAGAGGCUUCCGGGAAAGUGCCUUUGCCUUCUCGCUGCUGGCAGCUGGUGUGACCCAUGCCGUGGCCACAGCUUGUAGCCUUGGGGAGCUGCAGAGCUGUGGCUGUGGCAGACAAGGCACCGAGAACCAAAAGCUGAAGCUCAGCCAGCUGCAGACUCUGAGCCAGGGCAAGACCUCCUUGUGGGGGGAGCCUGGCCCCCAGGACACCUGGGAGUGGGGGGGCUGCAGUGCAGACUUUGACUAUGCCCAGAGAUUUGCCCGGCAUUUCUUGGACCCUCGAGAAAAACCACGCGAUGCUCAUGCACGGAUGCAGCUCCACAGCCAUCGUGUGGGCAGAAAGGCGGUUUCAGAGCUGGGCCAGCGAAGGUGUAAAUGUCAUGGCCCCUCAGGGAGCUGCCAGUUCCGGACAUGCUGGUUGGCAGCACCUGAUUUCCGGCAUGUGGGCUCUAACUUGAAGAAACGAAUGGACCACGCCAUACUCUUGCGGCCGCAUAACAGCAACUCGGGGGCCUUCCGGCCACGACUGCACAGGUCCCGUCUAGCCCAGCACCUCAUCUUCUACGAACCCUCGCCUGACUUUUGUGAGCCUGACUCAAGCCUGGGCUCACCAGGCACCCAUGGCCGCUCUUGCACAAAGGGCAGCUCUCAGCCAGAUGGCUGCAGCAGCCUGUGCUGCGGCCGUGGCCACAAUGUGCUGCAGGAGGUGCAAGUCCAGCGUUGUCAUUGCCGCUUCCACUGGUGCUGCCACGUGCAGUGCGAGGAGUGCCCUGCCAUGGAGUGGGUGAGCAUCUGCAAAUGAAUGAGGUGAGGCAUUGCCCCUCCAGAGACCUCGUAUGUCGGCUGGGUCAGCCUGGCUGCGCCACAAGGGUCCAGUGACAGCGUUGGGACAGCAGGCGCAGAUGAGCAGCUUUUGAAUGGCACCAUGCUUCGGAAGGACCAGCGUCCCCAGAGACUCUGCCUUCUAUGCAACAUGUUUACUGUGAUUCUGCUACACACUACGGAAGGCACUUGGUGACUUGAUGUCUCCUAAUCAGAGCUUGGAAAAGUUACUUGGAAAAGUUACAUGCUGGCUGGGGCUGAUGGGAGUUGUAGUUCAAAAAAGUAACUUUUCCAAGCUCUGCUCCUAAUGUAACGACAGGGAUGAUUUGCUGCUGCAGAGUGGAAUCACACUUACAAAUGGAUGGUGAUGAGAUGGAAUUCUGUCCCCAGCAUGGAAGCAUGCCUAAAAAGCCUGUGGCCUUCUCUGGUCCUGUUUUCCCAUGGUGGUGUUAGAUGGCUGCCCUGUGUAUAGUGUCUUGUUUUACAGUGAAUUGCCAUCUAAGAAUUAGUGGGGUUGGGUGGGGGGAAGCCGGCAUUAAAUGCUGAAAGCUGUGUGUCCCAUUGCUUUGUUCUCCACAUACCUGUUGUAGGGCAGGGCGGGGGAAACAACUAAUAUUAGUGGCCAGAAUCCUGAUCUGGGCUAAACUCUCCAGGAUGCAAGCUAGCGUGAGGCAGGGAGGACUUGCAAGACCCCAGCUGGGCUGCCAUUGGUUCCAGAGCACCUAUGCAUCUAGUAAAUGAGGACCGUUAUGUGGAGAGCCCUGGGGGAGGCGGGCAGACAACAUGCAUAGGAAGGUCAGGCCUUCCUUGUAGGAGGCAAAAUGUGUGGAGAGGUUUGGAACUGUUGCAGUUGCUUGGAGUAGUGGCAGCACCCGGCCUAAGAAAAGCAAAGUGACAGCAGAGUGUUUUACUGCAGGGCUAAAUUAUUAUUUUGCUCUGUUACUGAUCUGUGUUGGUAAAAGCCUUUAAUAUAGUGAAUGGAGGAAAGGUGUAACAUCUGCUCCCUUGCCUUAUUUAGGGUAGCUGGAUCUUUUCACUGGCAAAUAAUUGAUUUAUUUCAUAGGCCUGUGUGUGUGCAUGUGUAGAAUGCAUGUCAGCAGUAGCUGGGUCAACCCAUAUUGUUGCCCUCGGUAAAAAUUAGUUAUGCCUUUCCCCACCCUCACCCUUUGUUGUAGUGUGAUUAAGAGUAUGAGAGGUCUGGGGGUAAAAACAACACCACAAACUCUUUUGACAAUCUUUUAACCUUGCACCCUCAGCUGGCUCUCUGGUAAAAUGAGAAUCUACGAAACCUAAAUAUCUGCUUACCCAUAUUGUGUAGCACAACAAGAAUGCAUUUAAGCACACAGAUAGGCACAUUAAUGCAGUUAAUAAAACAAACCAGUUCAAUUGGAAUUCAAAAUAUAAA